UACAUAUACGGUCUGUAAAUAAGGCACACGGUCAUUUGAUUCCACAUGCCACGUACGGACUUGCAAUCUAAGGAACAGUGAACAUAUAUGCGCUGAAGUAUAUGAGCACUUGAGAAAUUUGGAGAUUUUAAGAAAAUUCAUUUACUGCACAGAAUUACCGGUCGUUACCCUUCGUCGCACGGUCUCUGGACGUCAAAGCAAGGCUAACCUAGGUCAAACAUGUGUUCGCAAAGAAAACGAGAAAUGGACAAGACGAUCAUCGCCCUCAUCUUUCUCUCAAUUCUUGUCUGCGAGAUGUUGCUGACGUCAGCAGCGCCCACACGUCAUCAUAAACAUCACAAACGUCACGCUGCAGAGAAACACUCAAACAGAAUAUCAAAGCACGCAGAAAGACACCACAGGUUACACAAAAGAGACGUUACAGAUCUAACAGCGGUAGACCCCAACACUCCCCGUUCCCGAGUAAAGAGGCAUCACCUUCGACGGAGAAGCACCAUGCCUUUUAUGGUGGUUUCGAUAACCUUAAACAAGCCGACUAAACAGCAACGCCAGCGCCUAAACAGAGGAGCUAUUAUUGCUGAAAUGUAAACCGACACGGAGAAUCUCAAGGCUAUGACGUCACCUUAAUCAACAUUCCAUUUCAUUCCAUUCUCAUCGACUGAAAAACAUGUCAAGCAUAUCAAUAGUGUGACGUCACACUACGCCGUCGAGUCAAGAAGAGGUACGAAAGGGGCGCACAUGAUCUUGGUGUCAUUGAGGUAUAAAAAGAACUGGCAAGUUUAAAAAAUGUGUGGACUACGCCAUUCGGCGUAAACUGUGCGUCCCUGAAGAAAAGGGUGCGUGUCUUUUUGUUUCUUACCAACUUCUAGUCAAACAGUUGGAAGAUAUUCUUUCAAGCGAUUCCAUGAUCUCAUCUCUUUGUGGGCAACUUAAAGCGCUGUAUUGCCAGGGACGUUCGUAGGUGAGUCCCUGUUGCAGAUACACAUGUACAUACAGACUGGGCGGCUAUAUGCUGCCAAGCAUAAUCGGUUUGAAAACGUCAACUGCGCUCUUUCGAAACGUGACAAGAACGUAACUGCGAAAUGAAAAGCCUACAGUAAGCCGCCCAUGAAAGGGUGACUUGAAAUUAAAUAUACAUAAACUGUUCGAUCUGAAAGUUACAACUUUGCGACGGUUAUCGUCAAUGGGCACCAGCGUAGAAAAUGAGUUAAAGACAAAUGUACGGUCUUUUAAAGGAGGAACUCUUACGAUUAACUUAUUGUAAGAAUGAGCUGCAUUUAAGAAUCUCGAUUUCGAAUAAACGAAAACGGGAACGCCUUAUAAAUAAAUUGUAAUUUUUUAAA